UAUCACGUCACGACAUGGUUAAUUUGUAGUUGUCAUGCCGUAGGUUUACAUUGAAUGUACACUGAGUAUUUUAGUCUUCCGCAAUGUUCCUGCAGUUAAGUUUAUUUCUUAUUUUUACACGCGUUUUAGUAUCCACUGAAACAAGCCCAACUGACGGGCAUUUGCUCGUGGAACAUACAGUUACACAUGAAAGUGCUGAAAUAGCAAUCCGAAACUUACAGCCUGAUUUAAUGAUCGGUGCUGGUUGUAAAGAAUGUACGAGGAGAGAAAUUGAAUAUUGCUUUUCUAAUGAUGUAAUCGAAGAUCACUGUUGUUGCCAAAGAAAAUAUCAUGAAGUAUUUCCUUAUAUCGCACACACUUGUUAUGUGAGAUCCAGAAAUUGUGAGCCAACGGUUCGUGAUUGCGGAGUAUUUGAUAGAUUGUUAGCUUGUUGCUGUCAUCAACAUUUGGGUAUAAAAUAUAGAAAUCAGUCAUUGGCUGCCAACAAUUCAACUAAUAUUGGAAACAAAUUCAGUACACCAUUAGCCUUAUUGGGGUUUUAUAUUUUAUUAAGAAGAAACAGUUAUUUAUUUUAACUUUGGUUAUUGAUUUUUUAAAAACUCUUUUUUAUACAUAAUUAACCCUAAAUGAUCUAAUAUAUGUAAUAAAAAUAGACAAUUUUUUUUCUAAAUAUAUUCAUAUAUCUUGUUA